UGAUAAUUGUAGCAAGCCAUUCAAGGUCUGUGAGGAUUUUGGAGAAGAUGGACACAAAAUUUGACCCUGAGGAAGUCAUAGAAGAAUUCGAGAUGCUAACAAAGGAUGCUGAGAGAGUUCAGAAAGAGACCCUGCAGAAAAUACUAGAAGAAAAUGGCAGCGCAGAGUACUUAAAGAAAUGGGGUCUUAAUGGAAGAACUGACCAUGAGAGUUUCAAGGCAUUUGUCCCCCUCGUCACUCACAAGGAUUUGGAACCUUACAUUCAGAGAAUGGUGGAUGGUGAUACUUCCCCCAUCCUUACUGGAAAACCAAUAACAACCAUCUCAUUAAGUUCUGGCACCACUCAGGGAAAGCCCAAGUUUUUCCCGUUCAAUAACGAAUUGAUGGAAUCCACUAUGCAGAUAUAUAAGACAUCUUUUGCAUUUAGAAACAGGUUAUAUUCCUCUGUUUAUUGCAAAAGGAUUUUUAGUUCAUAUUAGUAUCAGAUGCCCUUCUCUUUCAAGUUGACCUUAAAAAUAUUUGGUUGGAAUUGUAAGUGAUUAUUAGAUGUUUUGGAAGUUACAUUUCACUUGUCUAUUAAAUUUUAUUUUCUUUGUUUGGAGGAAUCAACAAUAUACAAAGCGUUCAUGAAUAUG